CCUUGCCGCACUCGCUCUGCAGCUCCCAGAGGUGGCGGUUGUGCUAUGAAGGAAGACCCUGCCAAGCUGGCCGACAAGAUGCUGCGCACCCCCAAGUGCUCCAGGUGCCGGAACCAUGGCUUUCUGGUGCCGGUCAAGGGCCAUGCGGGCAAGUGCCGCUGGAAGCAGUGCACCUGCGAGAAGUGCUACCUGAUCACCGAGCGCCAGAAGAUCAUGGCUGCGCAGAAGGUGCUCAAGAAGCAGGCCUCCGAGGAGGAGCAGGACGGGGCCCUCGUCGCGCAGGGCCCGGAGCUGUUGACAGGGGCCGCGGCCGCGGCCGCAGCCCUGGGCGCAAGCCUCCGCCAGCUGCCUCUGCUGACCGCUUCGGGAGACUGGGAGCCAGGCCCCGAGGGCCGCGUGGCCGCCGGCUUCCCAGAGAGGCCCCCACGGGGCCCGAGCCCCGGCCCGAGCGCCUUCCAGCCAGUUCUGGGCGGCCACGGCCGCGGCCGCGGCCACGUGGGGCCGAGCGGCGAUCGAGCCGCCGUGGCCAUGCCCGGUUCGGUGGGGCCCCAGCUUGGGAUGGAGGUAGCAGGCAGGGGGUGCCCUGACCGCCUGGGGCUGCGCAGUCCGUUGCAGCCCCUGCCCAGCCCGCCGUUCGACUUCGGGCUCCCUCUGAACAUCAGCUCAGAUCAUGUGGUGGGGCCUGAGCACCUGGAGAGACGGCCUUCCAAGCUGUACCCCAGCUGCUCCAACAUGCAUUCCUAUUGUGCAUUCCCGCUGGGCUACCAGGACGGAUCCCCGCCUCCGGGGAUCCCCCUGCAGCGGGGCUUCCGGCAUGUGUCCUGCAGCCCCUACCAUGGAGGAAGCUUGGUGUCGGAGUCGGUGGGAGACUUCCAGCCAAGCUACUACCCGCCGCCUCCGCCUCCGCAGCAGCCUCAGUUCCUCCCGCCCGGCUUCCUGUCUGCGCUCCACUUCCUCCCACCGCUGCCGCUGCCACCGCCGCCGCCACCAGCAUCUUUCUCUCUUGCUGUCCUGUCUGACACAGACAAGGAGACCACUGAAGACCAGGAUGUGAAGGUGCCAGCACCGGCGCCGGAGGAGCCGCCCGAGGUGCCGCCCGAGGUGCCGCCCGAGAAGAAGGAGGAGGGGGAGGAACCACCGCCUGAGCCCAGCCAGCCGCCCUCUCAGGAGCAGUCCGACUAGGCCGGGUUCCAGGACAGGAGGCACAUCUAUUUCAGCCUUCUGCUUCUGCCUCUGCUUGGUCCCAGCUGGGGGCACAGACACCAAGCUUCCAGCACAUCCAGGUGGCUGGUGGGAGCAGCGGGGGCCCAGGGCGUUGACGGCAGGUUCUGCAGCGUCCUUCCUUGCUGCUCGGGCUCCCGAGGGCUGCCUGGCCACUGCCCCGCGCCCCUUCUCCAAUGGGCUUUACUGAGCAUUCUGACCACCGGGGCUCCCAUCCAUAAAGUUUAAGCCAUUAUAGGCAUCAUUUCUGGUUUAAAAAAAUCUAUUAAAGUUUGAUUAUUUGAUAUUUUUAUAGUGAUUGCCAACUUUAAAAAGUAGGCUGUUUGUAAGCACUGAUACAGUUCUCAGACAAUAGAAUGGUGCUUCUAAAUCAUCUGUGGUAUCCGUUCCUUCUCUGGGGACAGCUGACUGUUGAAAUAAAAUGAGCAU